CACUGGACAUAACCUUAACUUGUGGAUUGAGAUGCAGGAAUCCAGGGCUGAGGUAACAGGACACUGAGCCUUGGCAGUAAAGCUGACAUUUGAUGUGGGUAAUAAGUAGCAUAGGCACACCUUCCCAUGGUGUUUGCCUAGUGCCCAGUGGGCCUGGCUGCCUGCCACCUGGGAAAGACAUCAGCUCUGUCCUUGUGAGCUCAGGCUCAGUGAAGGGCCAUAAUAUGGUUCCUCUCUGUUAGUUAACAUUUAAAACAGGUCCGUAUUCAGGUUAGUUUGUGUAAAAAAAGAAAAUCUUAGGUGCACUCUUUGGCAUAAAUAUGAAUCUGAAUGAAUUACUUAUGAGGUUUAAUCCUGGCCCAUGUCCUAAACUUGAUCAUUCAUAACCUUUCAUACAAAUUCUUACAAUUAUGAAUUCCUACAAAUGUGCAGUUAUGACAACAUGCUCAUAAACGCCUGUGAUUUAGCCCCAUGUUUGGUGGUUCCUUUGUUUUGGUCUCAAUAUUUUUUCAGAUGUGCUUUUUUUUUUAUUGUAGACCAAGAUAUCUGCUGAUGAUGAAGACAUGCCAAUGUCAGGUCAUGAGCACAGGUUCCGUCUGUUUAGUUCAGUGGAGUACGAAGGGCAGCUUUAUAUGACACCCCUGGACUUCAUCGAGUCAGUUACCAUGAGUGAGCCGAAGAAAAAAAAGUUUUGGCAAGCCCUGACAAAACAGGAUUUACAUAAGAUUCUCUCAGAUACUCCUCCUGUUUGGAAAGGCUCAUCCAGGCUUUUCAGGAACUUAAAUGAAAAAGGCGUCAUCUCAUAUACAGAGUAUUUGUUUCUUCUUUGCAUUUUGACAAAGCCUCAGGCAGGAUUUAGGAUAGCUUUCAACAUGUUUGAUGCAGAUGGCAAUGAAAUGGUGGACAAAAGGGAGUUUAUGGUGCUAGAGGAAAUAUUUCGUAAGAAAAAUGACAAAAACGAUAGAGGUGGAGAGACUGACAGCUCAUCACAACUGAAUGUGGAACUGUAUGGAUAUCCAGGUUCUGUCAGCCAUGCUGUUCUUAAAAAAGAACACCAAGCGUUUGAACCUAGAAGCUUCUGGGAUGUGCUGAAGCAUGGUGCAAGAAUAGUUCUCUUUUCAGAUCUGAUGGAGCAUGUUCAAGAGAACAUUGCUGACACAACUCUGUUGGUGCAUUUCUUUGGAAAAAAGGGAAAAACUGAACUGAACUUUGAGGACUUCUACAGAUUCAUGGACAACCUGCAGACAGAAGUACUUGAGAUUGAGUUCCUUACCUAUUCUAAAGGCAUGACCACCAUCAGUGAGGAGGACUUUGCUCGGAUCCUUCUGCGAUACACCACUGUGGACAACAUCAGUAGCUAUCUGAAGAAUGUGCAUCAGAGCAUACCUGAUGAGAAGGGAAUCACUUUUGAGGAAUUCAGGUCAUUCUUUCAGUUCCUCAAUAACUUAGAAGACUUUGCCAUUGCCAUGCAAAUGUACAACUAUGCAAGUCGACCAAUUGGACAAGAUGAGUUUGCACGUGCAGUCUACGUUGCCACAGGCUUAAAACUCUCCCAGCACCUUGUGAACAUUGUCUUCAAGAUUUUUGAUGUGGAUCACGAUGACCAACUUAGCUACAAGGAGUUCAUUGGCAUCAUGAAGGACCGCCUGCAUCGAGGCUCCUGGGGAUAUCGAGAGGAGAGGUUCACCUCCUUUAAGGCCUGUAUGAAGAAAGAGUUGUCUGGAAAAUAGUUUGGGGAAAAGAAAAAAAAAUACAGCCUUAAUCUUUCC